AUGGCGGAUUCGACACUGAGACGGAAGAGGCUGCUACAGUUUUUCGAUUCCGUCGAGCCUCGCUAUUGGCAUGACAUCAGGCGCUUCUACCAGCACCGCGACACAAGCCUGACGUGCGAACAAAACUUCCAAGCAUUCCAGGCCGCGCUCCACAAAAUCCAGUCAUUCCCGCCAACUUCACCCGAAGACAAGCGCAAGUCUUUUGCAACAAGGGUGCUACAUAAUGUGACUCUGGAGAAGUUUCAACGCUCCUUCAACCUAAUGGUGGAUAACGAGAUGUUGGAGAGCGCCAGAACGAACGUCAAGAGGACCUUAUACAAUGUCAUCGAUCAAGGAACCAAGAGCGCAUCCGAGGAGUCCGCCAGCGUGACGGAGAGUACCUUGGUGGAUAGUGCCAAGGAGGCCGCCAGCGUCGAGCACUUUAACAAAAAAUUCAAGAUGGGUGCGUUCGAGAACGAACUUGGGUCUACUACAAGCCUUGAAGACUUCUUCCAACCCUCACGUUCCGCCUCGUCACAAACAUCAUGCGACUCCGUCGACUUCCAAGAAGUGAUUGAGAAGCUGCUUACCCAUCCCACAGAAAAGAUGGGCGUGCUUCUGGGUAGGCAUGAGUUUGAGUUCACCGCUACAGUCGAAGGUGUCGAUGUUGGAAUGCUGUUUCAGGACUAUUAUCGAAGGUGCUCCCUCGACUCAUUCAAAGCGGCCACGCCACAGGACGCUCUUGCCCUCAAUGGCACAUUGGUGCUCUCCCCAAAGCCCACAGCUAUCCAAGACCUUGUGUUCGGUGCCGCUUACGAAACCAUCAGAGCGGAAGCUUUGUCGCUUGUCCCGAAGGCUGACGUGACCAAGGAACGUGCCUGCAUCAGGCGAUGGCGAGAUGCGUACGAGGAUUCCGACCAGGACAGAGAGAAAGUUCUGGAUCUUCUGGAGGCGUCAAAUCAGGAGAGCGCAAAGCAACUCCAUCGCUACAUGGUCCGGGCGUUUGCGGAACUAGGAACCCAUCAAGAUCCCCUAUAUUCUGAGGCCCACGGUAUCGCCACCAACAACGCCUCGACGUCUAGCGUUUUCAAACGCAAAUUGUUGGACAUGGAAACGAAAACGUGUGGACAGCCCGACAUCACAGUCAGGACCAAGGCAGGUUUGGAAACCUGCUACGCCGAAGUAUCAGGAAUAACAUGCAGAGAUGUUACGAAGCAAGCGGGAGAUUUGGUGAGACUCGGAGUGUUCUCAAAGAAUGCUUGGGACAGAAUCGACAGUGAGCAUGAUUAUCAAGGGGGGAUCGUAGUGCUGCAGGUGAUGGGACGUCGAUUGACUGGGUACGUGUUGCGGAACUUGGGCAAUUUUUAUGCCAUGGUCGAAGUGGGGACCGCCAAGGUUCCAGACUCUUUGGAGUCGUUGGUGGAUUUGGAGGGAGCUGUCACCUUGUUGCGUCGGCUGGGUAUGAUUCAUGAUGAGUUGCUUUCACAGCUCCAGGAACGACCAAGGGUAGCAAAGAUGUUCAAAAAUCAUUUCCCAUCCAUCGCCACCCCCUCAGCCAAAACUGCGCUAUAG